UUCUCGGUGCCCGAAAGGGUUAUUCUGAUUUAGACUGGCAAUAAAAAUGCAAUUGGCUGGGAGUUGGCAUGACCAAAGUGCAUUCUAAAUGUCUUCCCUCCGCACACGGCACAGCUGGCACUUUGUGGAGCUGAGCUGCAGGCUGCCCUUGCGGAGCAACGAUGGAGAAAGAAGAGCAAGAGAAGAAGGAAGGGAAAUUGACCCUGGUGCUGGCCCUCGCAACAUUGAUAGCUGCCUUCGGUUCAUCUUUCCAAUAUGGGUACAACGUGUCUGCUGUCAACUCACCAUCAGAGUUCAUGCAACAAUUUUACAACAACACCCACAACGAAAGAACCGGGGAUUUCCUUGAUUCCUUCACCCUGACGCUUCUGUGGUCCGUGACGGUGUCCAUGUUCCCCUUUGGGGGCUUCAUAGGCUCUCUCCUGGUUGGACCCUUGGUAGAUAAAUUGGGCAGAAAGGGGGCCCUGCUCUUCAACAAUAUAUUCUCCAUCAUCCCAGCCAUCCUAAUGGGGUGCAGCAAAGUUGCCAAAACCUAUGAGCUUAUCAUUGCUUCCAGACUUCUGGUUGGAAUAUGUGCAGGUGUAUCUUCCAAUGUGGUCCCUAUGUACUUAGGGGAACUGGCCCCUAAAAACCUGCGAGGGGCUCUUGGGGUGGUGCCCCAGCUCUUCAUCACCGUCGGCAUCCUUGUGGCCCAGCUGUUUGGCUUUCGGGAUCUCUUAGCCAAUGAGGAAGGCUGGCCGAUCCUCCUGGGGCUGACUGGGGUGCCUGCAGCCUUGCAGCUCAUUCUCCUGCCCUUCUUCCCCGAGAGCCCCCGCUACCUGCUGAUUCAGAAGAAAGACGAAUCAGCUGCUGAGAAAGCCCUGCAGAGGCUUCGAGGUUGGGAAGACGUGCAGUGGGAAAUAGAGGAGAUCCGGAAGGAGGACGAGGCUGAGAAGGCCGCGGGCUUCAUCUCUGUGUGGAAGUUGUUCAAGAUGCGGUCCCUGCGCUGGCAGCUCAUCUCCAUCAUUGCCCUCAUGGCCGGGCAGCAGCUGUCAGGAGUGAACGCGAUCUACUACUACGCUGACGAGAUCUACCUCAGCGCAGGUGUGAAAAGCAACGACGUCCAGUUUGUGACAGCUGGGACAGGGGCAGUCAAUGUGUUCAUGACCAUUGUCACGGUAUUUGUGGUAGAGCUUUGGGGACGGCGACUUCUGCUCCUCAUUGGCUUCUCCACCUGCCUCACCGCCUGUAUCGUGGUGACAGUCGCACUGGUGCUGCAGAGCACCAUCACCUGGAUGCCUUACGUCAGCAUCGUCUGUGUCAUCGCCUACGUCAUCGGACAUGCCCUGGGGCCCAGUCCCAUCCCUGCCCUGUUCAUCACCGAGAUCUUCCUACAAUCCUCCAGGCCAGCUGCCUACAUGAUCGGGGGCAGCGUCCACUGGCUCUCCAACUUCGCUGUGGGGCUUAUCUUCCCAUUCAUUCAAGUGGGUCUCGGUGCCUACAGCUUCAUCAUCUUCGCGGUAAUCUGUCUCCUCACCACCAUCUACAUCUUCAUGGUCAUCCCUGAGACCAAGGGCAAGUCAUUCAUUGAGAUCAAUCAGAUUUUCGCCAAGAAGAACAAGGUGUCAGACGUCCACCCAGACAAGGAGGAACUCCAAGACCUCCCACCUGCCAUGGUUCAGUAGCAGCCGAGCCCACAGAGCUGGUCUGCGUGGACCUUUCUCCUGGACUUUGGUUCUGGCUUCUUGUUGUCUGUGACAUUGGAAGUGAGAUGAGCCUGGCGGGGAAUGCCAGCCCCGUCACCAGCCUCCAUCUAGUGGUGACAUCUGACCUCUCUCUCCAUUUGUGCUUUUCUGAUGUCUCUAAGCAUAGAGGCCAGUCAGAGGCUCUCGUCACCCUCAAUGCCGUCCCUCCUCUUUGCUGAGCUGACUGUGGUGGGGGUCCUGUAACAUAGCCUUUCUAACAAAAACAGAUGUGAGGGUCACAUUAUGCCAGCAAGGUGACCCUUCUGUGGCUCCCAUGUGCCUCGGGGGUCACUGGCCUUUGCUCGGGAGUGAAGUCAUCCUUUCUCCUGACCCAGCGUUGUCACCGAGCUUGGAAAGAGACCACGGGAAGAGUUGUUAACUAUAAAUGAUAGUAUUAGUGGAACAUGGUGUCACCUCCAUAUAGCCAAUAAAACACA